AUGGAGCCGCAGCCGGGCACGGAGGUCGAGGUGACGGAGAAGGAGGCCGGCAGCAUCCCUGCCGGCGGCCGGCAAGCCGGUGCCGACGCGCAACUGGGUAAACCCGACAACGCCGACGGUCGACCGUGGACGGGCUCAGCGUCGGACACAGGACGGCACGCUCACUUCGACCCGGCCAGGCGCGACAUGGGCGGCGAGUACAGUGCAUCGCGAGAACGCGUCGGCCGGGUGGAGAACAGCGUCAAAGUCGUGGGUCAUGUCAGCCCGAGAUAUCGGUACGAGAACACGACGGUGAACGAGGGCGAGACAGCCACGCUGGAGUGUAAGGCCGGUGGCUCGCCGCUGCCCACCGUCGAGUUCCGCAAGGUCGGCAACGACGCCCGCUUCGAGCCGGGCACGUCGGCCGGCGACGACCGCAUCCGCGUCACUGAGCGGGUCGAGGACGGCUUCAAGUUCGGGACGCUCACCAUCACCAAUCUGAACCGGACGGACGACGGCCUGUACGAGUGCAUCGCCUCCAACAAGGGCGGCUUCGAGCUCAAGAACGGCCACAUCACCACCCAGUUCAAGCCAUCGUUCGUCAACUCGCCGAUCCGCGAGAUCUACUCGUGGAACAACCACCCGGUGAACCUGACCUGUGUCGCUGAGUCCAUCCCCAAUGCCACCAUCACGUGGGAGUUCAAGCGCCGGCUGCUGGAGCAGGACCUCGACAGCAACAUCCAGCAGAUCGGCAACGGCCCCACGUCCGUGCUGCGCGUGAUGCCCUCCGACCCCACGUACUUCGGCGUGUUCACGUGCAAGGCGUCCAACCUGCUGGGUCAGAGCAUGCUCGACAUCGAGCUGUUCGAGGCGACGGUACCGAGCAUGCUGACGGACGUCAAGUUCGACGAGGUGACAGCCACCACGGUCACGUUCGAGAUGAACGGCCCGGCCAGCGACGGCGGCCUGCCGCUGGUGGCCUACGCCGUGCAGUACAAGGUGGCCGGCGAGUCGUGGGACGCCAAGGAGGAGCAGCUGUGGCCGGUCGGGAGCAAUUACGUGCUGGACAACCUCAGACCCGAGCAGGUGUUCGUCUUCAGGUUUGCUGCCAAGAAUGACGUCGGCCUCAGCGAAUGGUCUGCAGAGCAGCAGAUGAUCAUGCCCAAGAGAGACGUGCCCGAGGCGCCCAUCAUCAUGCUGCCCGACUCGACGGUCCGGCCCGAGGACGAUGCCAACCUGGUGGUCAAGUCGGUGUUCUCCGACUCCUACACCGUGCAGUGGCAGGCGGGCGCCAACAACGGCGAGAAGAUAGACAACUUCGAGAUCUCCUAUUACGAGGUGGCCAGCACUGGCAACGGCUGGCGGUCGCUGUCGGACAAGCGGUCGUCGGUGGUCGACUUCCCGGGCACGCACACGUUCAAGGUGUCCAACCUGAAGGCGCAGACCCACUACCGCAUCGAGCUGCGCGCCCACAACAAGAUAGGCUUCGGAAACCCGGCCGAGCUGGUCGUCCUGACGGCGCCAGGUGCACCGAGCCCGGGCGGCGACCCGACGGGCGGCGUCAGCACUACGGUCGCCUCUCCCCUCGGUAUCUCACUGCUUCUCCUGGCCGCCAUUGGGCCCUGCGGGUCCAGCCUGUCACUCUCGGAGCCUCCGGCGCUGGCCUCGGCCGCCCUGGUCGGCGUGGUGGUGGGCGUGCUGCUGGUGCUGCUGCUGCUCAUUGACCUCACCUGCUACGCCGUCAACAGCCGCGGCAUCGUGUACGCGCUCUGCUCGCGGCGCCGCGGCAGGUCGGGCGCGGUCAAGCUGACCAACACGGCUGCCAGCGAAAAGGAGCCACUGCAACACAGCAAAAACGGAAACGGGGCUGGCCACGGAGCAAGUGAUGACAGGGACGUCCCGGCCGUGGUUGUGCAGGGCGCGUCGCCGGCGGCCGCCUCCAAUGACUCGGCCGUCUAGAGGAUGGCCCGUGUUCUACAAUGCGCCCGGGCCGGGUGGCACGCCCCCCCCCCCCCUCCCCCCGAUGUUCGCGGGACGUGACGCGGCAUCGCCGGCUGGCGAGUGGACCUGACUGGUCGGCGCGAUGUGGUGGUGAGACUUGUCAUUGACGUGCAGCCUGUCGCCUCCAGUUGCAGAUCUCCAGUGAUUAUUUCCAUGUCGACGCUGUCAGAAGAAGCCAUUUCAUUUUGAUGUUUCUGUACUCGUGUGUUCCUUUCCGACAAGGCGUUUGUUGCUGCACCAGUUGUUCGCGGCGUCUAGUUUCGUCCGUCUAGUCGGUCGCCAUGACAACACACUUGCGUCAUGUUUGUACGUGUCCUGAUUGUACUGCGUCGAACGUUGCUUGGUAAGCUGGGGCUGGUUUUUGUAUCAUAUCGUAAGACCGUCUCGAAACCUGCAAUCGUCUGGCAGGCGACCCAGGCUCGACCCGUAAGUCAUACCUGUUCUGCAGGGCAGUGGGCUGGCCACUGAAAUACACGUUUUCUGAACAGGGAGCGCUGCGCGGCGUCCUUUUGCGGACCAAAGCCCCCAGUAAUAAACUGCAGCGCGUUGUUGGGCAGCGGCCACGCACGGCAGCGCCUGCUGACUUCGCGGAAGACCGCGCGGAGACCAGACAGGUCAAGCAGGCAGCCCGGCCGCGCCCCGCGCCCCUGAACCGUGCCCGGAGGCGGCGCGUGUCCGGCGCACGUGGAAGCCGCGCUCCCCAGGACGAGUGUGACAGGGGCGUGCGAUCUGGAGGAGGUGGCGGACCCAGCCCGGGCCGGCGCGCGUGCCAUGUACGCCGCCGACCAUUUCCCGUUCAGAAGCGGUGCUUGCGGCAGGGCCGGCCGUCACCUCAGUGGCCUUCACCUCGGGUGGCCGGCGCGUGAACAUCGCACGUCAACGACUCGCUGGUGUACGUUCUCGUGUGGGUCACGAACGUUCUCAAUACUACAACUAAUGUCGG